AAUGGCCCGCUUCCCGGUUCCCAUCCGCACAAACCUUUUUAACAUUCCUUCUUCUCCCCAUCCCACAUCAGCGGUCUACUUUUACAGUAGUACAUCAUUUCUCGAGGUUGUUGUGUUGUGGUUCCUGUCUCCGCAACGACAACCCGAUUCACCAAAGUGGCUGACAAGCAGAGCUGGUUAGCAGACUGUAUUCGAUAACGGUCGCGCCGGUCAAAGGACAUACAAAGGGGAUCCACGCAGAACGAAACAGAGGAAGCAGACGACAGCCUCGACCUUUCCUGCCCUCGACACACUCUCCCGCCCACGACCUCACCCAGUACAUAAGAGGUUUCAUUCAAUCGACUGCCAUUCCAACUCGCAGUCUACUGCAAUUCCUGUGCAGGUUUUCUUUUAGACUCGACGGCCUCGCUCCUGUAGCGGCCUCAGUCUACCUUCGGGUUCUUCGGAAUUUGCUCUGUUGCUGGAAUAUUGCCAGAGCACUUCGAAGUCUCCUUGUUUGUCGUUGCCCAGUUCUCUGAAUCCCACUGAAGAGAAACGCGCCGCAGGCACUCAUCUUGAUGACUUCUUCGUAACGACGACAAUCCCCCUCCCCCUACCCCACGCACGGCAUCCUACUACCGUAGUAGCUUUAUUUAUACCCUCGAUUCGCGGCACAUCAGUCGCGGGAAUGCCUUACACACCACCCACCCACCGCUCUCCCGCAUCCUCCCAGCCCUCAUCUCCCGAUGCUAGCCGCAGGUCGUCGAUAGCAGGCGGGGGCCCGCGGCCGACACUCCCACGAUCAGCAUCCUACCUCAGCAGGCAUCGCCGAACUCCGUCAGCACCUACUGGACAAAAUGGACAACCGACUCCCGAGUCAACAUCUGAGGAUCUCAAGGCGAUGCUGGCGGGCAGCGUCAGGAAGUCACCACCGCCAGUGUCAGAUGGACUCGGUAUGCCCAAUGGUGCGAUCCUUUCGCCCCCGGAAUCGACGGCCAGUAGCGAUGACGACGAGACACCCGAGGUCCGGGGAAGGACGCUGGAGAAUCUCAAGGAGCUUCAGGCUGCCAUCAGCCAGAUUCCUCAGCACCGAGAGAGCUCCCCCUCGAAAUGCAAACCAGCUAAUGUCACGGUGAUCAUCCCACCGACUCACCAGCCUCAAAGCAACCAGGGCUUCCACCACAGCUUUAGCACAGGCUCUUUGGAGAAGCUGGGCAAGAGGAACUCUCACUCUCGAUCCAAGACCGAAUCGAGUGUGCAAUUGCCGCCAGACAACUCUACUACUGCGUCAGAAGUGGACUCUGAGGAGGAGCUUCUGCUCAAGAAGCCGCAGAUGGUGAGGAAGAAGUCCGGAGAACUUGUACGCCCGGCUCUUCGUCCUUCAUCUCGGAGACGCCCCUCCAGCAUGCCUGGCACUCCGACUUUCUCCAAGGCUGUGCAUUUCGACUCGCAUCUGGAGCAUGUGCGACACUUCUUGCAGGUCGAUCGGCCCCUGGCUGUCAGCGCUGGGUCAUCACCCGCUGAUACUUACAACAGCGACAGCGAAUUCCCAUUCAACGCUGGCGAGGAUCGUUCAGGCACUAGGUCUCCUCCGUACGAGUGGGAGAUUAUUGUCACGAAUUUCCCCGUCGAGACCGCCGCCAGAAAGGCGUUGCCUCUGAGACUGGAGCGUGUAUGGCUCUCGGCCGACCAGAAGAGUUUGGUUGGAUCGGUUGCCGUAGCCAACCUUGCCUUUCAAAAGCACGUUACCUGUCGAUUCACCUUUGACUACUGGAAGACGACAUCUGAGGUAGCUGGUGAAUUCUCUACCGAGAUCCGACCCAAGGAGAGCGAUGUGGGCCACGACAGGUUCAACUUUAGCAUCAAGCUCUCUGAGCUUGCCAACCUGGAGUCUAAGACUUUGUAUUUCUGUGUCCGUUACAACGUUAAUGGUCAGGAAUACUGGGAUAGCAACGGAGGUGCCAACUUCCAAGUCGACUUCCGGAAGAAGAUGCUUCCCCAGAUGGGCAAGCGUGGCUACCAAGGUGCAUCGUCUCGCUCAAUUGGCGAGCUUCCUCGCAGCAACCGCCGUAACAACUCCUCGCUGGCCCCGCGACCCAAGUCACUGCAAAUCAGCAACGAGUUUGGCGAGAAUGGCACCUUUGACAAGUCACUCCAAGACUACCUUGGUGACGAUGCUGGCCCCCUUCGCCUCAAAGGUGUCAAGUCGACGACCAGCCUUCCCAGUGAUAACCUCACCGGUCGGCUCUCCGCGCCAAGCGGGCAGGCUUUUGCCAACCGGUACGAUUUUGGUGCAUCACUCACCACGGCCAUCCAAGCAGCCAAGCAGACCUCACCUCGUCCCAAGGGCGAUGGUUUGUAUAUGAAGAGCAACACGCGAGGCAGCAUCAAGCCGGCACCCAGACCGACUUUUGUCUCUGCCCCGACGGGCGCCAACACCAUCGGUGCCUCGCAGCCAUCGACGCCGGGUCCUAUGGCCAAGAAGGAACCUGCGCAAGCCACUAACGAGCAAAAACCAUCGGCCUUCCCGGCAUCGCAAACAGCCGCCCCGAUCUUGGCAUCCUCUUCUUACGAGGAAUUAGUCAACAAGUACUGCUUUUUUGGCUCUAAGCAAUCGAGCCCUCAGCUCAGCGACGGCACCUUGAAGGGCGGGCGUCUGGAUGGUGCAGGGGACGACUACUCGUUGCGUUCAGCUCAGAGCUCCAACGAGUCCAGCUUAGUCUCGAGCCCGCUUCAGAUGGCCAGCUUCAACCGAAGUCAUGCCAUUCACGCGCCUCAGAAUGCGGUCCGACGGGACCUCAACCCAUAUUUUCCCAGCACGACCACUUUCGCCCUCGCCCCUUCCCCGGCGAUGUCACCUCUGCAGCAUUCGGUCGAACGCAGCCCGUCGCCAUCACAAAACCACGCCCGGCCAUCGGUUCAAACAAAGCUGUCCAGCAGGUCGACGUCGCCGGCAUCCAUGGCGGGAGGGUACCCUCAGUCCAUGACCGGUACGUCGUCGCAUAGCAUGCAGUACCACCAGCAUUUCCACGAUCGGUUCCCAUUUGGCGGGGCGGAGACUCACGCUGCGACAGCGAUUAGGGGUUGAUAUACUGAAAGUUCUCUUAACGCCUCCGGUAGACCACCGUGGGGACAAGCAACCAUCUCGGCUUUCAGGACGUUCAACAUCUCGAUUAGCCUGGCAGGAGCCCAACGGCCCUUGAGAAAUACCGCACAAUAACAUCUAUAUAUACCUUUACAGCAAAGUGCACAACGAAUGCACUUAUAUCCGAACGUCGUGUUUGGCUGCAUCCAGGCAUGAUAUAUACGCCCUUUCAACUAUAAUCACGCAACCUCCCCGCAUCAUGACGAUUCGGUACAGGCUCUGCCUAUAUAUGAUCCUUGUGUCAUACCUCAUAUACUCGAAGACACUAUUCGCCUUUGAGAUGAGGCAAUUUUAUGCCGGCAAAAGAAUGGCGUUACUUUAAUGCAUAAUCUUCUAUGUCGCUUCCUCUUUUUUUGCCGGCGUUUGUAUCCUUUGAUUUCCUUUUUCAUGGUCUGCUUUUGACAUUUAUUGCAUCAGAACACCACUCAGCUCAAUUUGCUUUGUUCAGUUUUGUUGCUGUUCUUGUUUUAUUGGCUUGCGAGGAGUUGGCAUCAUGCUGCUUUUCUUGGAUUCUUUCAUCAGCUGUCGUUCUACCUUGAGUUUCCUUCUGGCUUUUGUUAUUUGUCUCUUUGCAUUGGAUUUCACAAAUACAGCUCUGUUGCAACAGGGCGCCUGGAGACCCAAGGCCAAAAAAGGGGUGGGUUUGCAAUUUGGAGUUCUGGAGCCUUUUGAUUUUUUUUCCUAGGCCACAAAAAAUACUGUUGGUUGUCUAUGGAUGCCGAGUGAGUGUCCGCAACGGACGUUGGUAGUAUGGGUUCAACAUGAGAUGGAGAGGAGGAAAAUCAUCCUGCUUGUUGUUGUUGCCGAAGGACCUCUUAAUUGAACGUCUUUUGUGUGACUUGAGGCAGAUGAAAUGGCAGAAGGCGGGUUCAGCGUGGAAGUCAUCAAGUCUUCCAGUGAAACUGCGCUGCGAUAGUGGAUUUGCAUUUUGUCUGCGCAUUACAGCAGAGCAAGUUUAUCCUUUUGUCAGUGUUUUGCGAUAGUUAUGUUAGGGUUGGGGAAAGACAAAAGAAACAUCAGGCAUAUUUAUACAUCGAGCGUCUGCCUUCUCAAAA